AAUCUAUGAUGGGCCACCCAAUACUUCACCUCUACUUGGAAGAAUUUGUUCUACUUCUAAACUCACAUACAGGUCAUCCUCAAACUUCAUGACUGUCAAGUUUUACAGUGACUCCAAAUAUUCCAGUGGAAGGUUUCGGGCUCAGUAUCAGUCCUUUCCAGCAGACCAGAAUACCACCCUUGCGUGCUACCCAACCUCCAUGCGCGCAGUUGUGGACAGACACUAUCUCCAGUCACAGGGCUACUCAGUGAGGAGCAUCAGCUUGCCUGACCCCAACUGUAGACCAACAAUCACAUCAACAAUGGUUAUAUUCAACAUUCCAUACAGUGGCUGUGGCACGCAGAGACAGGCCGACAGCGAAACCAUCACCUACUCCAACGUGAUAAAAGUGUCUGCUCCUGGUUACACCAUCAAAAGGCAGAAGGACCUUCACCUCCAUGUCAGCUGCAAAAUGAUCCAGAACACCUGGGUGCAAGUAGUGUACACGGCCAAUGACAUCACUGAUGUCAGUGAGACCCAGUAUGGCAGAUACGACGUGGACCUGGCAUUCUACAAUUCCUCAUCUUUCCUGUGGCCGGUGCAGAACUUCCCGUACUACGUUGACCUGAAUCAGAAUUUGUUCCUCCAAGCAUCUCUUCACAGCUCUGACCAAAAUCUGAUAGUGUUUGUGGACACCUGCGUGGCAUCACCGGAUCCCAGUGACUUUAGAACCAUGACCUAUGAAUUGAUCAAAAGGGGGUGUGUUAAGGACCCUACCUACUCUUUGCACCCCUCACCGCGCGGCAGCGUCGCUCGGUUUUCGUUCAAGGCUUUCUCCUUUGCUGAGCAAUACCCGUCGGUUUACCUGCAGUGCGAGCUGGUGGUGUGCAGGCAGAGAGACUACUCCUCCCGCUGCUAUCAGGGCUGUGUGAGUAGGCUCAAGAGGAAUUCAGGUUCUUCCCAGGGACAAGUGAGUGUUGUUGUUGGACCUGUGCAGCUUCGGGAAGCUCACGCUGAGAACAGGAACACUGCUCCCUCUAUCCAACUGGUGAACGGAAGGCACCGAUGCGAAGGUCGCGUUGAGAUCCGCUACAGAGGACAGUCGGGGACAGUUUGUGAUGAUUAUUGGGACCUUGCUGAUGCCCAGGUUGUGUGCAGGCAGCUGGGAUGUGGCCAGGCCAUUGCAGCUAUGGGAAGUGCAUACUUUGGGCCAGGCUCUGGCAGCAUCCUGCUGGACAACGUGAGGUGCAAUGGGAAUGAGAUGUCCCUGUGGCGUUGCAAUCACUCGGGAUGGAGGAUACACAACUGUGCCCACUACGAAGAUGCUGGUGUUGUCUGUUCAGAAGAGGCUGCUGCAGCAUCAACAACCACCGUGGCACCAGUAACAGCAACACUGGAAGCAGCGUUCGAGUUGCCUCUAGUUGUUGAAACUACAACAUUCCCAGAAACAACGGAAUCUCUAACGGAGACAACAACCUCAGCAUCAACAGAGAUGACGACAUCCCGAGGGGAGACAACCAUGUCAGCAUUAAUAGCCAGCACAAUGGAGACACCAUCAUCAGAGCCACCAACCAGCAUGGUGCCACUGACCACCAGUGCAGAGCUGUCAUUCUCAGAGAUGACCACCACAGUGCCACUGACAACCCUAGAGACGACAACCCUAGAGACAUCAACCCUAGAGACAUCAACCACCAAACCACUAAUGACCUCCCUGGAAGACAUGUUCUCUUCACCAGAGAUGACCACCACAGUGACAUCUAGUUCCUCACCACUGGUGUUCACCCAGCUUGAUACAACCACCACAGCAACAUUAGCCACCACAGCUGAGGAGAGCAGAGCAGGUGCCAGGCUGCGCCUGCGGGGCGGCAGGAACGGCUGCGAGGGCCGCGUGGAGCUGUACGACGGCAGCACGUGGGGCACGGUGUGUGAUGACCAGUGGGACCUGCAGGAUGCCCAGGUGGUGUGUCGGCAGCUGGGCUGUGGGGAGGCCCUGGGUGCCCCACGCACUGCCCACUUUGGCCCGGGCUCCGGCCGCAUCUUCCUGGACGACGUGCAGUGCCGUGGGGACGAGCCCUCCCUGCGGAUGUGCAGGCACAACGGCUGGGGAGUGCACAACUGUGGGCACGUGGAGGAUGCCAGUGUCAUCUGUGCAGGUGGGUGGGCGGCAGAGACCACNUGGGGAGUGCACAACUGUGGGCACGUGGAGGAUGCCAGUGUCAUCUGUGCAGGCACUCGUCCACCCCCUCCUGCUCAAUGGCCACACACAACAGACUUUGGCCCGGGCUCCGGCCGCAUCUUCCUGGACGACGUGCAGUGCCGUGGGGACGAGCCCUCCCUGCGGAUGUGCAGGCACAACGGCUGGGGAGUGCACAACUGUGGGCACGUGGAGGAUGCCAGUGUCAUCUGUGCAGAGACGUCCACCUCACUGGACAUGAGCACCACAGAGCCAUCCACAGCCAGAGCAGAUGUGUCCACCCCAGCAGAGGUGACCACCACAGUGACAAUGCCUGCCAGAGCAGAGGAGAGCACACCAGGUGCCAGGCUGCGUCUGCGGGGCGGCAGGAACGGCUGCGAGGGCCGCGUGGAGCUGUACGACGGCAGCACGUGGGGCACGGUGUGUGAUGACCAGUGGGACCUGCGGGAUGCCCAGGUGGUGUGUCGGCAGCUGGGCUGUGGGGAGGCCCUGGGUGCCCCACGCACUGCCCACUUUGGCCCGGGCUCCGGCCGCAUCUUCCUGGACGACGUGCAGUGCCGUGGGGACGAGCCCUCCCUGCGGAUGUGCAGGCACAGAGGCUGGGGAGUGCACAACUGUGGGCACGUGGAGGAUGCCAGUGUCAUCUGUGCAGCUCCUGCGGCCACCACGCCACCUCCAUCAGCACCUUCUUUUUGUGGCGGCUCAAUCUCAGAUUCCUCUGGGGUGCUGCAGAGUCCCCACUACCCUGGGAGUUAUCCAAACAACGCUGACUGCGAGUGGCAAAUACAAGUCGAGAGCAAUUUCCGUGUUACACUCACAUUUAGAGAUAUUGAGAUGCAAAGCAGCACGUGCCAGCAUGACUACAUUGAAGUCUAUGACGGGCCUCGACACUCUUCCCCACUUCUUGGGAGACUUUGCUCUGGUUCCUUCCCCACAUACGUGUCCUCUUCGAACAUGAUGACCGUUCACUUUCACAGUGAUUCCAGAUACUCCUUCAGAGGCUUUCAGGCUCACUACUCCUCCAUCCCAGCAGAUCACAACACCACCCUUCUGUGCCUGCCAGACUACAUGCACGCAGUGGUGAGCAGGGACUACCUCCAGUCUCAAGGCUACUCAGCCCAGAUGGUCACCCUGAACGACAAUCACUGCAGACCAACCAUCACCCCACAGGAGGUUGUGUUCAACAUUCCCUACGACGGCUGCGGGACGACACGAGAGGAGAACAACGACACAAUCAACUAUUCCAACACGAUCAGAAUUGCAUCUUCUGGGUACAUAAUCAGGAGGAAAAAGAACAUCAACUUGCAUAUCAGCUGCAAAAUGCUGCAGAAGACGUGGAUGCAAGUCAUGUACACUGCUGAGGACACUGUGGAUGUGAAUGAGUAUCAGUUUGGAAGAUAUGACAUGAACAUCACCUUUUAUGAUUCCUCGGCGUUCUCGCGGCAAGUGCGCAGCUCCCCGUACUUCAUCGACUUGAACCAGAAUUUGUACCUUCAAGCUUGUCUUCACAGCUCAGACCCAAAUCUGAAGGUGUUUGUGGACACGUGUGUGGCAUCGCCUGAUCCUCGUGACUUUCACACUCUGGCCUAUGACAUAGUCAGGGAUGGCUGUCCCAGAGAUUCUUCCUAUGCCACGUUCUACUCCCCUUCCAGCCACUUUGCUCGGUUCAAAUUCAAUGCCUUUGAGUUCAUCAGCCACCACCCCUCGGUGUACCUGAAGUGUGAGCUGAUGGUCUGCAGGCUCGGGGACUAUUCCUCCCACUGCUACCAGGGCUGCACCAGGAGGUCCAAGAGGGACACGAGUUCUCUCGAGGAAAAAGUGGACGUGGUCGUCGGGCCAAUUCGGCUCCGAGAAGGGGCUGCUCAGAGUGGGAAUACUACUAAACUCUUCUUACCCAACCUUACCUCAACCAGUAUGUCUUACACCUAUUUUAUUGGUCUGGGGGCUGCAAGUGGCAAGGAGAAAAGUGCAGAUCUGAACCACACUGAAGGGAUCCACUCCCGGGUUAAAGAGGAGUCAGAAAAACCAGAGCCCAUGCAGUAUAAAUUCGGAGGCUGUGCCGGGUUAGACCAGACCACCAAAGCCAGGAUGGACCUUCAGGUGCGUCUCACCUGGCUGCUCCUGCUAAGCACUACUCUUCUCUCUGGACCAGCAAGUGGCACAGAGGGGAACCCACCAUCUGGAGAUAACGAAUCACUAUGGGACAGAGUUUCAGACUGGUUUAAACCCAAAGCACGCCUGCGGCUGGCAUCCGGAGGGGACCGCUGCGCCGGGAGGGUGGAAGUCUUCCAUGGCCUCAAGUGGGGCACGGUCUGCGACGAUUAUUUCAACAUGAACGCCGCCAAGGUUGUGUGCAGACAACUCAACUGUGGUGAACCUGUGUCUGUCCGGGGCCAUUCCUACUUUGGCCCCAGUAGGAAACGCAUCCUGCUGGAUGACGUGCGGUGCAGAGGGACGGAAGCUUACCUCUGGGACUGCAAGCACGCCGCCUGGGGCAGACACAACUGUAGGCCCAACGAGGAAGUUGGCGUCAUCUGUUCAGAUGCGGUACACACCACGGUUGCACCCUCAGCACCAUCAACAAAGGCCCAAACUUCCAUUUCUACAUCAACACCUGCCACAGAGAGCCCUGUUGUGACAUCUACCACAGAACCCCCAACUUCUGCUGACAAAGCUGUGUCUUCUGCAUCCACUGCUGUCAUAGAGGAUAUUGCCACAUCCCCUCCUGAAAUUCCAGCCACAACUUCUGAAGUCACUUCAGCAUCCCCGAGUUCCUCCUUUGCACCCAUUGCAGCAAAUGAAGAGGCUGAGGCAGCAUCUACACCAGGAGCCCAAAGCACAGCUGUUGAAGCCAAAGCCAGAGUGGCAAGAGCUGCCACUUGGAGCCCAGGAAUAAAGGCUUUGGUGGAAGCUGUCCGAGCUCAAGCCCGAGCUGCGGCAGCGACAACAACUCCAGCACCACCCACUACAGUGACUGAAGCACCUCCCCCUGCUCUGUCCCUGCGGCUGACAGGCGGUGACCAGUGCUCCGGCCGCGUGGAACUCUACUACAGCGGGAGCUGGGGAACGGUCUGUGAUGAUUCCUGGGAUCUGCAGGAUGCCCAGGUGGUGUGCAGGAGCCUGGGAUGUGGAGAAGCCCUGAUGGCUCUGUCUGAAGCCCAGUUUGGCCCGGGCUCCGGGAGCAUCCUCCUUGAUGAUGUGCAGUGCAGAGGGGAUGAAGAGAACCUCUUGGAUUGCUCCCACGCAGGGAUCGGUGUCCAUAAAUGCCAGCACAAAGAGGAUGCCAGUGUCAUCUGUGCAGCAACACUCUCUCCUAGUGCAGCACCAGCAGACACUACUCUUGAAAUAGUAUCUACUACUGCUGUACCAGCAGAAGUUACCACUCCAACAGUACCUCCCACGGCUGCACCCACAGAUGCUAUUGCUUUCACGACCGAGUCCACAACAGCUGAAAAACCAGGUAUUUAUUUCUUCAACUGUGGUGAGCAGUUUGCUAUUUUUCACAUGAGUCAUCGGUGUAUUUAG